AUGACCAAGUUGGCCGACCCUCGUCUCAUCAUCGUGAUCAACAUACUCAUCGUUUCCUGGUUGGGUUGUUGGCAAAUCAGUUCGCGCCUCUUGCAGGUGGCUCCCAGAGCUGCAGAUGCUACUUUGGAUGAUUCCUUGGACUAUGACGCUGGGAAUGUGACAAUGACAAUUCGCGUCGGCAACGAGACAGUCGACCAGAAUGAUCCAUUGUCGCUUUUGGUACAAGCUAACAUCAGUGCGAGUAGUACUGAGCCUCCAACUCCAGUCACCAUUACCACAAACCUUCCUGCUUGGAUGCAGGAAUAUGCCACAUGGCAUCAAGAAACAAGGGCUCAGCUGAAUGAGACCAACUGGAAUACACAUUAUCGCUAUCUAGUCAUGGUGGCUCGACGAGGAGAACAAGCCGGAGGAUUGACCGAUCGAUUGAAACCACUGCCAUUCUUUCUGAAAGUGGCCGCCAGAACCAAUCGAAUCUUGUUGAUUUAUUGGAACAAACCUUUUGCAUUGGAGCAUUAUCUGUUGCCUCCAGAAGGUGGAUUGGAUUGGCGUGUACCCCAUUACAUGACGGGUGCCGUCUUAUCCAACAAGGCUCGUGGAAGAAAACAAGACAUUGUUCGACUGGCCAAUGCCACUGGUGCUGGAAUGCAAGUUAUGAUUUGUGAGAUGCAAGCCAAUGACUAUGGGCAAGAGUGGUACGAUGACAAUCCACUCCCAGGGGAUGAACAGCAUGCUAGGCUCGGCAUGUUUCGACACAUGUGGCACUGGGCAUUCACUCCAGCCCCUCCCAUUGCGCAGCGUGUCAAGGACAAUUUUGACAGACUGGGGAUUGUUCCGGGGGAAUAUGCUGCAGCUCAUAUCCGUGCUGUGUAUGCCGUCAAGGAACGAUCCGAGAAGGAAAUGACACAAAUGACACACCAUGCUAUGAAUUGUAUUUCCAUGUUGCGGCCCGGUGGGCCAUUCUUUGUGGCAUCCGACACUGCCUUUGCCGUCAAGACAGCCAUUGAGUAUGGACGCAGCAAAAAUGUCACGGUAGUGGCCACAACCAGCAAUGGAGCCUACCAGAAGCAACCGCUUCAUUUGGACAUGUAUGAUGCCAAAGACCCCUCACUGGUACCAGAGGACUUUUACGAUGCAUUUGUGGAUUUGUACCUUUUGGGAAGUACUCGAUGUGUGGCGCAUGGCCAAGGUAGUUUUGGUCAUUGGGGGUAUCUGUUGGGUUACAAUUCGACCUGUGAGAUUCGACAUCGCCGGGGACCGAAGUGUUCUUGGACUCCGGCCAAGACAAUAACAAACAAGACCGACAGUCAGCCGUCCAUAGAGCCAUCAUUGGCACGCCCGCUGUUCCGACCACCCAUGUCGUAUGAUUCCAUCUACUCCCUAUAUGCAUAA